UGCACAAGAACUGUCAAGCGGUAAACAUGUCGUCUUUUUUGGCUGACUAGAUCCCAGCAAGCAUAGUACAAGAGAGCAUCAAUACAUACUCCAGGAUAGGUAGAAGAUGUCUAAGUUUCAAAUCACAUUCCUUUACCUUUUGUGACUUUUUUCAUUCCUCUUCGUAUUACCUGCGGAGUUUUAUCGAAGCGUUCCACAACAAAACUGGAGACUUUCCACUCACGCGUUAUUUUGUAGACAAGACAGAAGCAUCGGUAAAACACACGCGAACGCUUCGCCCCAUCUGACAGCCAUUUGUUUGGGAAUAAAGUGACGACUACUCUACCAGUACCAGGCAGAACACAAAAACAGACAGACAUUGUGAAUCUGACGAUUCCGCGGACAAGCAUUUGCCCCGGAUGUGCUCUUCCCGAAAGGCUCGCGUCAGGUCACGCUUCGUCGUCGCUUUGCCAGCAACACCAACAACACUUCCGCUACACCGGGGAACGGCGGUCAGUGUAGAGGACACCGCCGUAGCCAGAGAGAGAGAUUGCGACGCCCCAUCCGCAGCAGCAGACAAAACAACAACAGCAGCGCAGAGAACACUUCCUCACAGCAGACGCUCGGUCGGACGCGCGCGCCCUGGAGAUGAAUCUGUGCCAUGAGCAGAAGCCGCUGGAAAAGGUCAACUACAAGCCCAACCGGGACUGGCGGGCGCACUACAUGGUGGCGCAGGAACCGGGCAUCGGCGAGGUGUACAGGUGCAAACUGUGCGGCAAGAACUACUCCAAAAUGAUAAAAAUCAAAAAUCACGUCAAAAACCACUUCAAGGACAUCAAGUGCGACCGGUGCGACCUGAUGUUUGUGAGCGAAUCCAAGCUGAAAACGCACUACGUUGUCCACACCAAGAUCCGCCAGCACAAGUGCGACUUUUGCGGGAAGGAUUUCUACCGGAAAAAUAACCUCACGCAGCACAUGAAGCUGCACCGCAACGAGCGGAACUACGCGUGCGAGUUCUGCGGCAAAACGUUCACCUACAGAGAAAGUAUGAAGUCCCACAUCCGGAACAACCACCUGCGCGAAAGUCCGUACGAGUGCGUCCCGUGUACAAAAAAGUUUGUCGAUCCGGCCUCGCUCGCCAGACACAUGGCAGCCGAGCAUAAGCCUCCGCCGGCCGUGGUCGUGCAGCAGAUCGAGAUGAUGCCGGUGACGGUGACGGUUCCGGUGCCACCGGCUCCGCCCAUGGGUGGAACCAUUGUUCGGUUUGAUGGGUCCACCGUCGUUACGGCCGCCGAUCUGGGCGCGUUUACGGUGGCCGGAGUCUUUCCGACCCUCGGGAGACAACAGUAGACUGGUGAUUGCUUGAUUAUUUUUUGUCUUUUUAUUUCUUUUGAAUACAGUGUGUGAGCGGA